GAACCUUCAUUGGAUUUUACACAUAGACGAUCGAGCUUGGAGUUUGUCAGUUUUAACAUUUAUCAGCAGAUGUACUUUUGAUAUCUGCACUUGACUGUUUUUAUACUCAGAAUGAUGAAGGGGAUUUCUUCUUAUUUAUUCUUAGUGUUCUAUCUAAUUCUCUAUCAAGCUUAUACCCAGUUAAUACCAUUGGAAGGGCGUCAAAAGAGAAAAUGGAUGAUUGGAAAUUUUAACUUGGGUACAUCUGGGGAUGUGAUGCAGUCCUUUCAAACAGAAUCAACUGGAUCCGAAUUACUUGGGAAGAUUUUUACUGUGAAAACGUACAAGGAUCCAUCGGGUCAAGUUCACACCGAAUCCAGAGUAGAGGAAUUUUCAAAAGGAGGGGUGUCUGUUGAUCAAGGAUUUCUAGACCCUGUUAAAGCAGUGAAUCGGGCGAUGACGAAGACAGUCGGCAGUAACAUCUUAAGCACCAGGAAUAAACAAAUGAUACCCCAAUCCAGCGUCUUUGAUCCGAUGCAGUCUGUACAAACAGCAAUGUCUGAAACAAUAAGUAACAUGGAUUCCAUGAUGAACAAUCGACGUCUACCAUCUGAAUCACGAGUUUUCGGUCAGAGACAGCCUAUACAACAUACAUUCUCACAAACAUCAUUCAACGUUGAUCGAAGAAUUCCUAAUCAAGAAUCAUUAUUGAACAAUGGAUAUUUUGGGAAAACCAAUAAAGUGUUUACACAACCUGAUAUUACCAGUGUUGGCAAUGGGAUUCGCACAGAAACGUCACAUGGUAGUCAAAGUGCCAUCUCAACGUUUGAUCCUCAAUUCCAUAGCUUGCGAAGAGGAGGAUCAUUUAGAUCCCCAGUUGGACCAGUUAGAAAACUUCAAACUUCAGCAGCAUUUACUCCAUCACCAAGAGGUUCCGGUGCCUUUUCUACAUUUCAUCCACAAUUUCCAAGAUCGAAAGAAGGUUCAAGUGUUUUCUCUACAUUUAAUCCAGGAGUUACAAGAACAAAAGAAAUUCAUACGACGCCUUCUCCACUUGUAAAACUUGUAGCGAAGAAGGUAACAGAAACACAAAAUGGGUCAGGAACCAAUGUACCCAAACCCAUGUGCAUAUAUAUAGACGAUCCAAUCUAUAAUACCCUAUGUCUCAUGAAAACUGAAGGAAUUGCCACGAAAAAUGUAUUGGAUGGUGUCACACAUAGACCAAGAAAAAACGAAACAAUAAAAGAGACAUUCAAAGGAGCCGCUGAUCUGGUAUCCUUUAUUGCCAAAGGAAUGUGUGCAUUCUGUUGUCAUGCUCAACUGCGAGAUCAAGAAAAAUGUUUUAAAAGAUUUUGUGAAAACAAGACCAGCUGUUGAUUUGACAUUGAAAACGUGUGUGUUAUUUAAACCAUUUCAAAAUGAUAUCAAACACUGUUUAAAAUGUAAUAUAUAUACUUGUAUUAUUGUUAGUUUAAAAUUUAUUUUAAAGAAUUAUUAUAUGACAUACAUCUCGUUAUUUACAUGUUUCUAUGAAAGGUAUUCAUGGAAAAAUAUAGGUAUUUUUAAUA